CGCUUCUUUACACAAAAGAUGAAAAACUCCCCCCUCUUUUUUCUUGGGCUGCUUGGUUCACCCUCUCUUUUCAAAACCUUUCGGGCCUCUUUCCUUUAAAUGUCUGGUGCCGUGGGAAGCUUGCUUUCCCUCUCUCUUCCUCUCUGGCCUCGCUUCCCUUCUCGUGAUUUUGAUGUGAAUGCUGCCCUCAUAAAUAAAGUCCCUCUCUCGCUUUCUCUCUGUGCUUGCUGCUUCUUCCUCUUCGAGUGGCUUCCUCUUAUUCUUUUAUGGUUGCGAAUCCCAUCUUGGUGCUCUGCUGUUCCCACCGAGGAUGCGAUCGCCGGAGUUCUUGAGGAACGGCGAGGUCCAGGUGAGCCCGCGAGGAGGAGGGCAAACUUCGUCGGGGGCGAGGCGGAGGGGAGGGGGAAUGGGAGGGUUCCAAUCGACGGUGUCUCUGCAGAAGCUGAGGAGGUUCAACACCAUACUUCUCGCGCUCCGAGUCGCCGCCUUCUGCUUCCUCCUCGCCGCCACCAUCUUCAUGGCCAUGAACUCCCAUGGCUCCUUCUCCACCAGAUGGUUCGACUACGACUCCUUCAGAUACAUGGUCGCAGCGAAUGCCAUUGUCGGCGUCUACUCUUUCUUCGAAAUGGGGGCCGCUCUCUGGGAGAUGCUGAACGGGAGCACCAUAGUGCCUGAGACAAUCCAACUGUGGUUUGAUUUCACUCAUGAUCAGGCAUUCGCUUACCUGCUCUUCUCCGCAAACUCAUCUGCAACCACACUGACGCAGAACUUGAGGAGCAACCAGGUGUGUCCUGGGUUCGACGCGCCAUGCGCAGGCACAAGCGCGUUCUGCAUCCAGUCCUACCUUGCUCUCGCCUUUGGCUUUGCCGGAUUCCUGUUCCUGGCCGCGUCCGCCGUCCUCUCCGGCUUCCGGGUUGCGUGUUUUGUUAUUACUGGUUCCCGGUAUCAUGUGUAAGAAAGGAUGGUUACGUAGGAUCACAGAAAGGAACUAGCUGUACUUGUGCAAUUCCCUCCUUAUGGGAUUUGAAUUUUUCAUUUACUUUUUC